CGAGCCCGGAGGCAGAGCAGCAGAUAAAUGGGCAGGUGACCCAGCCAUCGAUGCGCAUAGCCUGAGCCUGAGCUGCUGAGCAUUCCCCUUCUUCCCCUCUCUGUCCAUCCUCGAGGAGCAGGCAGGCAGGCAGCAAUGGCGCCGGAGAUCGAGCACAGCCACCUCCCCAUCCGCGGGAUCAACAUCCACGUCGCUCAGGCCGGCAAAGAUGAGCUGGGGACGGUGGUGUUCCUGCACGGCUUCCCGGAGAUAUGGUACUCGUGGCGCCACCAGAUGCUGGCCGCGGCCGCCGCCGGGUACCGCGCCAUCGCGCCGGACUGCCGCGGGUACGGCCUCUCCGACCAGCCGCCGGAUAACGAGGAGGCCUCCUGGGUCUGGGACGACCUCGUCGCCGACGUGCUCGCCAUCCUCGACACCUUCUCCAUCCCAAAGGCGUUCUUGCUGGGCAAGGAUUUCGGCGCCAUUCCGGCGUACGAGUUCGCGCUGCAGCACCCGGACCGCACCCGCGGCGUGGCGUGCCUCGGCAUCCCGUUCAGCCCCGUGCCGUUCCCCUUCGACACCAUGCCCGAGGGCUUCUACGUCCUGCGCUGGGGUGAGCCUGGCAGGGCGGAGGCGGACUUCGGCCGGCACGACGUGAGGCGCGUGGUGCGCACCGUCUACGUGCUCUUCUCCGGCGCCGAGGUCCCGAUCGCCAAGGAAGGGCAGGAGAUCAUGGACCUCGCCGACCUGUCCACGCCCCUCCCGGAGUGGUUCACCGAGGAGGACCUCGACGCCUACGCCAAGCUCUACGAGAAGUCCGGCUUCCGCUACCCUCUGCAGAUGCCGUACAGGUCUAUACACAAGAUGCCGAACCGGCUGGACGCCAGGUUCCAGGUGCCGGUGCUCAUGGUGAUGGGGGAGAAGGACUACUGCUUCAAGCUCCCGGGGUUCGAGACCGCGCUGCGAGGCGGCGUCAUGGAGAAGUUCAUGCCGGACCUGAAGAUCACCUUCAUCCCGGAGGGGAGCCACUUCGUGCAGGAGCAGUUCCCGGAGCAGGUCAACGAGCUACUCCUCGGCUUCUUCAAGGACCACCCGGUCGCCGCGUGAAAGUGCCACUGGGACCGUGAGAAUAACAUUUGCAGGCAGCGAUUGCUUCUCUGUUGCCGUUGGCCGCUUGGCCAGCCGGCUUGCUCUGAAUUUCUCGGUAAUAAAAAUGUACUUGAUCAAAUUUAUUAUCUGAUUUGAUGAUGCCGUGA